CAUACGGUCGGGUCUGAACCGAGUCGGAAGUCUGCAUCGCCUUCCUCAGUCAUCGGCACAAUCGUUAGAUUGCCUUUCUCUCUCCAAAAAUAUGGCUCGUUUAUUGUCACAAACCUUAAUCUGCACCGGAAGAUUCCUUCUCCGCCGCUUCUCUGAACCGCCUCCGGUGAUGGUUUCGGCAGUGGCUCCGAGUCCCGUCUUCUUCCACCGAAACUAUUCGUCGAAGUCCCUUUCUCUCGCGUCUCCACUUGGCUCGUCAUAUUUCUCUCUCUUCGGUCCUCCAGCAAUACGUAGCUCUGCUUUCUCAUCUUCGGCAACAGCUACAACCGUCGAAGUUCAGUCAACAGAGCAUGAAGUUGUGAUUGCCCUGGGGAGUAACAUUGGGAACCGGAUGUAUAACUUCAGAGAGGCUCUGCGACUGAUGAAGCGUAGCGGCAUUUGCGUGACAAGGCACAGUUGUUUGUACGAAACAGCUCCUGUUCACGUGACUGACCAACCCAGGUUUCUCAAUGCUGCAGUGAGAGCUGUCACCAAGCUUGGACCUCAUGAGCUCUUGACCGUCCUCAAGACAAUCGAGACAGACAUGGGACGCAAGGAUGGCAUACGGUACGGGCCAAGACCACUCGACUUGGACAUUUUGUUCUACGGGAAGCUGAGGAUAUGUUCUGAUAAGCUUAUCAUACCACACGAGAGACUCUGGGAAAGGUCGUUUGUGUUAGCACCUUUGGUAGAUUUGCUUGGAUCAGCUGUUGACAACGACACAGUUGCUCAUUGGCAUUCACUCGCCGUACGUCCCGGUGGAGUCUUCCAAGCGUGGGAGAGACUGGGAGGAGAGUCACUGGUUGGUCAAGAUGGUAUACAGAGGGUUUUACCAAUAGGAGAUAAACUGUGGGAUUUUUCAAACAAAACUCAUGUGAUGGGUAUACUUAAUCUUACACCUGACAGCUUUAGUGAUGGAGGACAGUUUCAGUCGGUAGAUUCUGCUGUUUCUCGGGUUCGUUCGAUGAUCUCCGAAGGUGCUGAUAUAAUCGAUAUCGGAGCACAGUCCACACGACCAAUGGCCUCGAGGAUCUCUAGCCAAGAAGAGUUAGAUAGACUGUUACCAGUUUUAGAAGCUGUUCGUGGUAUGCCAGAGAUGGAGGAGAAGCUCAUAUCCGUGGAUACUUUCAACUCCGAGGUUGCUAAAGAAGCUGUAAGCAACGGAGCUGACAUUCUAAACGAUGUAUCUGCGGGGAGCUUAGACCCGAAUAUGCAUAAGGUUGUUGCAGAAUCUGGGGCUCUUUAUAUGGCCAUGCACAUGAGGGGAGAUCCGUGUACGAUGCAGAAGGAAGAGAAUCUGCAGUACGAUGAUGUCUGCAAGGAUGUUGCCUCUGAGCUUUACAUGCGAGUAAGGGAUGCAGAGCUCUCGGGGAUUCCGGCUUGGAGGGUUAUGAUCGAUCCAGGGAUUGGGUUUUCAAAGAGAGUAGAUCAUAAUCUUGAUAUUGUUAUGGAUCUUCCAAAAUUCAGGGAAGAGAUGGCUAAGAGAAGCAUAGCAGUGUCUCAUGGACCUAUACUUAUAGGACCUUCAAGGAAGAGAUUCUUGGGGGAUAUCUGUGAUCGUCCUGAGGCCACUGACAGAGAUGCUGCAACUGUUGCCUCUGUUACUGCAGGGAUUUUAGGAGGUGCCAAUAUCAUUAGAGUUCAUAAUGUUAGAGAUAACGCAGAUGCAGCUAAGGUUUGCGACGCGAUGCUGCGAAGAAGAAGGUCAAAAGGAUGAUUUGCGAAUGUAAUUAUAAGACUAAUCUAAGGAUCUGUUCCAGAGUGGUACAACAGUUUUGCUAUCUGAGUGCUAGUUAAGAGCAAAAUGCUGAUUGAGCCAAUGUCUUUGCUUUGAUCUUGUGUGACUGGUGUAGAAUUACGCAAGAUGUUGGGUAUGAUGAGUGAUUGAUGAAACUAGCUAGCAUUUGUAUCGCUAGUUCUAAUGUAUGAUCUCUGUUCAAAUAACUGUCAGAAUGUAGAUGAGCAAUAGCAUUUUUAAUUUUCUUUUGCUUUUCUCUUCUUGAAAUUUUCACCUGGGUGAACAAUGUUAUACAAGAAAAAAGCUUUUUUUGGUUAUACAGUUUCAUUUGUUUCUCUGACAGGUCAUUUGUUUCGAUAUCAGAAAAGAAUCAUACUUCUUAUUCAUUUUCAAACUUGCAGGCGAUCUUGUAGAUCAUAACCUUUUUUCCCAAAAUAUUUUACCACUUGCUUUGUAACUUUAAGUAAUUUCAGUUUCCAAA